GUUCGUGUUCUUGAUGGUGCUUUUUUGUUGAAAGCCUUCCGUCCUCCAGCGACAAGGAUGGAAGGAGCUUUGGCAAUGGUGAAGUCAUCUUUAGAGAAAUAUGGCAUUUCUUGCACGCUGGAUCUGAUUAACCGUACCUUGACUAUAUCGACAACUGAAGCAAGCAAAGAGUACCCGGAUGCUUUUGAGAAGGCUAGGCAUCUUUUGCAACUUUUGACAACAACCAAUGUCCCACCAGCUCUGGCAAUAGAUCUAGCACUGAAUGGCAAGCAGCAUGAAUUCAUCGAGAUAGGAUUUCAAGAAGGUGGGCUUUGCUCGAUGUAUGGGAUCAAGAAGGAACAGUAUUGUAAACGGCUGAAAUGGCUCACUCGUUCUGUUAAGGGGAUUAGAGAAUUGACGGGCUGUGAUGAUAUCUACUGUUCAGCUUCAGGAGGCACUAUUACUGCUGUGAGUCCAUCUCGUGCGGGAUUGGUGGCGUUCAGAAAGGUAGUGUUGACCUGCAUUGUUGAAGAUACGGAUCCUGCGUAUUUUAUAAGGAAAGCGUCGACACGGAAACUGAAGAAGAGCAUCAAGCGUUUGCUAGCCUGAACUUGUCUGGAUGUUUUGAAUCUAUUCUAACAGUGUCAUGUACUAUCUCUCUAGGUCUUUCAAAACGAAUUGUUCAGUCACGUUAGUUUUUUUAGUUUCCUUCUCUCAAUGUACGCAAACCACUACUACUAAGGGCAACUCUAGUUAAACGCAGAAGAAAAACAGAAACAGGGCCCUCUCUGAUCAAAACCCUCUUCCCCUUCUUUUGUGCCUAGAUUUAGAUCUGUCUGGAUCUAGAUCGAAGGCUUGAGAGUGGGGGUGGGGGUGGUCUUGGAGCCGUUGCAGCCAUUUUGUGUUUGUUUACAGCCACUUUGUGUUGAUCUUUUGCACAAUGGAGGACAGAAAAUGUAAUUGAGAAGUGAAACAUUUCACAUUGCAUGAAUUUGAGCUUCAGACAACGGCAAGGUAAAACCAAUGUCUGAAGGAGCACAUCAGAUAAAGCUAAAAACAAAAACCAUCGUCGCGAUGAAAAUAACUAUUUUUUCGAAUGAAUUGAGAUAACGGAGACAGAUAGAAAAA